UCAUUCAUUGAUUUUGGAUUGCGGCGGCGUGGAAAAUGGCUAGUCAAGAGAUACGCAUAAGUUUGCCUGGAAUGACAAAAGUACCGUUAAUAGAUAGAAAAGAAGAUAUUUACUCUAUUCUUCGAACUUAUUUCCACCAGUUUUCUCCAGUUGAGGGAAACUUGAACAUACGCCCUUCAGCUUGUUUCUCCCCUCACAUCUUUGGGGCUGGCAAGAGUUUUGUUGGUGAAAAUUUUUUAGAGUUUUUAAAAAAAUUCGCCGACGAAGAAGAAGAGCAGACGAAGACGGAGGUUUUCAACAAGAGCUCAUCGGGAAAAGUUGAAUUGAAGAUUUUUUCUUGGAAACACUUUGCGGAAAACACUUUGUCAGUUGUCUUAGAACUAGGAGAGAGCUUUUCUGAUGCUCCUUUUCCAAGUUUUCUAGAGGCUUUGAUGUAUAAUAUUGUUUUGAACGCUUACCGACAAAAUGGUAAAGAUGCGGACGCUCUUCAGAUAGCUGAAAGGACGGUAAAGAAUUUUGAUAUUGUAGGAGCUAUUAAUUGGCUUCUCGAACAAUUUCAGAAACAAUAUUUAUUUUUGAUGAUAGACGAACUUAGCCACCUGAGUUACCUCACCACAUACUAUAGUGAACUUACCAUGAAACAAUUUAUCGAGCCCGAUGCAGAAUAUGUACCUUUCCGGAAUUUUUUCCGCUUUUUGCGUGAUUUGUUGAUGACAGGGAAGGUAAUCGUCUAUUUGGCAGGCAGGACAUCUCAAAUCUCAGCCCGCAUGUCUGAUGCUCGCUCCAGUAGCAUGAGCCUCGAUAUGUUGCGAUUGAAUCCUUUUAACCUCAACGAUAUUAAUGAAUAUCUUGAGCUGGCAAUUUAUAGUGGAAAGACCUUGAAGGACUGGUUAUUGCCCUCAGAUGGCUUGCAACAUCGAUUCGCAGAAUUAUUAAAAAAGAAGACAGGAGGUAUUCCGUUGAUUUUAAAGAAUACUUUAGUAGCCCUAGCAGAGAAAGCUGCAGACUUGUCGCAACCUGUUAUCAACGAUGACAAUAUGGAAAGUGUGUUAGAUGAUAUUUUUCACUCUGUAGUACGAAAGACAACAACGUUUAUUGUUCCGGAGAUAUUAGAUUCUGCAACCCUUCUUCGAUAUCAAUUUGUUCUUUUCAAUUAUCAGCUCGGGACAGUUUUUCCAAUCAACUUUGCAAUUACUCUAUGUGGAACGAGAACUUAUUUGAUGGAUUUGGUUGCAACUUUUGGGUUUUACUCUGAAGUUUUGGGCGAGGAAUUCAAGAUUGGUUGUUGUGAAUUUAUAUUGCGAGCUCAUAGCAACUAUAAAUUUUUCCGUGAGGCUACUGAACUUUUUCCUUUAUCUCCGUUUAGUUAUAUUCCCGACACUUCAACAGCAAAAGGAGUCUUCUUUGAAUUUGUAUUUAUGAAGAUCUUUCGCUUUCGCUUAUUAACUUUUCUUCAUUCUAAUUCCUCGCCUAUUGUACAUUCUGCUAUUCCAGGAAUUUUCCAGGGUUCUUUUAUUGAACAGGACAAUGUUUCUUAUUCUAUGGAAUCAACAAAAUCUUAUGAUAUACCCAUCUUGAGAAAUGUCUCUCGUUCAUUUUCUGGUCAUUAUAGAGAUUAUUUACAACGUUGUGGUAUUUUUGUUCCAAAGGAUGGCAAUUCUAGUGGUCCUGAUGCAUAUGUUGUAUUCCAUAAUGGACAAACACGUUAUGUUGUUGGAUUUUCAUUCAAAUUUUAUCACAAAACUGAAUUUUCGAAAACAAAUAUUGAGGAAGAAGCCAAAAAAUUUUUUAAGGGAGUUGUUUCCGUUUUGAAUGACGAAUCUUUUUCAUCUGUUCAACUUCGUUUUCAGUUUGUGGUAGUAUGUACUAGUUAUGAUCAAUCUGUAGGUUUCUCUACCGAAGAACAUAAUAUUGUUGAAGAUGCAAGUGGUUUUGUGACUCAACAUUCUUCGGGAUCAACUUUGAAUGAAAGUAGUCGAUCAUGUCUGCAAUUGGUAAUUGUUUCUCAAAGGAACCUUGAAGUAUAUUUGGGAAGAGAUAAUGUCGAAACGUUGAGGAAAAUUGGGGAAGCAAACCGAGGAGAGUUUUCUAAAGACUUUUCAGUAUGGUGUAAAACUCUCUUUGAGUCGAUGUCCAAUGAAUAUGUUUCAUCUUUGGAAACGGAGCAAUCAAAUGUUACUUCAAGAGUGACUCGAAAUAUAAGACCGAGAACAAAUGAGGAGAAUAGGAUGCAAACGGAAGGUUUUCAAAGUGCUAUGCAAGUGGAACAAAGGGUUGCAGCAUCGAGUUCUUUGUCUUCGUCAUUUGAUUGGAAUACUUUCCUAAGAGAAUAUUGUGGUCUUUCUGAAGAAGAUGUUGCUUAUUGUCUUCCGAAAGUGGAAGAUAUUGAUAUGGACGAGCUUCCAGCGGUGACCAAAGAAAUUUUAAGGGACUUGGGUAUAGAUAAACCUUCGUUGAGGUUGAAGAUAAGAUCUUCUAUAAGGUCAUAUCUCGCUAACGAACGAUGAAUGUAUUUGAGAGCUUUGUCAUUUUUUCAAUAUGUUUCAUUCGUUGUAGUUGCAACUGAUAAAUACAAAAUUUUCUAUUAUUCUAUUAUCGAACAUUGGAGAUGUUAACCUGCUUUACUCGAUUUUGAACAAAUGCUUUCACAGGAGAUAUGGAGUCUUUUUAUGUUUAGUGAGUUUUAUUAAAGAAAAUAUUCCACUAAAAGAGAUAUAAAAAGCUAUUGGUAUAAUAACUGGUAUAGAUAGAAUUUAUCUUCAUACCAUAUUUAUGCUGCGAUAGGAGAAAGAUAGCGUUGUAAGGAAGUUCUGUCAACUCCCUAACGACGCUUAAGCCUUUCAACAAAGUUGAGUUUGACCGAAAUUAGCUUUGCAAAAAAUCUUAGUUCUAUUGCAACUAGUUUUGAUUUGUUCUCAUAUUGUGUGCGGGGUGAUCAGUCCAAAUCGGAUGUGAAAUUUCACUUAACUAUGCUUCUCCGUUUCAUCUUCUUUCACAAAGCCUUCCUAUCCCUACUUGUGAUGUGAGUAGACGUUUUCUACUAGGAUUAUACAGACACUCCUUAACCGAAAACCCAAAAAACAAUCACAAAUAGGCAAAGUUAAAUGAAAUGAACAUGUCGAAUUGCAGAAAACACUUUGCAGUUGUAAACAAUGUUGUCAACAUAACAUUUGAA